AUGGCUCCAGGACGUCCUCGUUCGCUACGGGCGCUUACAUUCGGCUCGGCUAAACGUGAAAUGUCUCCUGGUCCACCUUCACCAACGUUCUCUGAUGCGACCCAUGCAUCUGCUAUGAACUUUGGCCCCAAUGGUCCUUCCAAGAUCAUUACUCGCGGUCACCUGAAAGCAAGCCUUCAAGCAUAUGAAGACCGACAGCAGGAUUCGCGGACUCGAUGGAAAGAUGCAGUGGGGCCCAAGCUACGAGUCAGGGACUCGAUUGCAAGCGGCGUCAGGAGUCCACCAUCUAAUGGGAAACCUUUGGCUUGUUUUGGCACGUAUAUCCCUUUAGAGAUUGUCAUCAAGGAUGCUAAUGUCUUUCAGUCGGAAACCCUGGAUAAGAACUUUGAAAAGCCACUGCGACAACAACUGGAGAACUACAGGGAUGUUGUAAACGAACGAUCUCAAAGGUAUGAGCGCGCCUUAAGGGAACGGAGCCGAAUUAUUCGGGAGACAGAAACGCGAAGUAUGAAUCGAAAAGAGCGAAAUCUAAAGAAUUUCCGAGAGGCUUUAGCUGUUCUCCAAAACCAAGUUGAUCAAUUAGACCAAUUAAAGGCAUCUCACUAUCAGGAAAUCAUCGAACAUGAAGAAGAAGUUUGGAACGUCGUUCAAAACAAAAUAUGUGUUGUCGUUCGCUCUGAGAUGGACGUUUUCGACCGUUUCACAUCUAAAGCUUCGGACCCUAUCAUCGAGCCGAUGUUACAGUCGGUCCCUGACCCCUUCGAUUCUUAUGGCCCACCUCCAGCAGAAGAUCAAAUAUUUAGUAUCCUUGCGCCCUUGGACAUCAUGACAACGGCGACCUCUUCCACCGCUAGCCCAAUGACUGGUAGCACUCCGGAACGAGACACCCUGUCCUCUCUACCUUCAUCCGCCACCAUGAAAAUUACGUCUUGGCUUCCUGGCGCAAAUGGUUCCAAUUACACACCAGAAUCUCAAUCGGCUGAAUGGGCCACCGUCCCGUCUCCCUCAAGCUCCGCCACUCCAUCACGUUCGACUUCUCCCAUACCUUCGUCAUCUCCUCCAAGUGUAUCUAGCCGUAGGCAUUCUGUGCCGGCUGUGCAUCGCAAAACUGAAUCUAAACUAAGAUCGGUUCUGUCCGUUAUAGAGGAGGCCAAGCCGCGCCCACAAACUGAAGAAAGAGCACUUUCGGGACCUUCGCCCCUUCCAUCCGUGUUGACAAAUAUCUCUGCGCCACAGAAUCCCGAUACCACCCCUGUUGACGUUGGCUGGAAUUUUACAUAUGGCCAGUCCAAUUAUGACCAUAGUGGGGGUCAAUUGACCCCUCGAUACUCAACGCUAUUCUCACAAUCUUCUCCACCAUCUCUACCAGAUUCACCCCCGACUCAAACUUUGGAGCGACAUGGUCAUGAUGGCCAAACACAUGCAGAGUCUGUUACAACAUAG